AUACCACCAUCGACGGCUGUCUACUUCUGGGGGUCUACCUCCCACACUGUUUUCAGAAAAACAUGGCGGCUGCCUGCUGUGAGCAAUAUAAUGGCAAAAUGUCAAAAACAGCUUCCGACAAGCAAUUGCCUUGUGCGAAAACACCCUGUAGUACUUGACAAGCUCCGCCCCUCAGAAGCCACGGCGAAUAGUUGCAAGGACAUUUAGGGGUUGAUGAGUACACACAUGCAAACAGGCACACAGACGAAGCAGCAGAGCUGCGGUAUUUCCAAUUGGAUCGACGAUGCUAUAAAAGGCUCUGAAUUCCCUGGAGAUGCUCUCAUUACACAUUUAAACUUAUUGGACAUCGCCCGCGCGUAUAUUAGGUUUAAGCUUAAGGUGUAAUAAAUUAAUUAGAUUUUACAAAAUCAAUAAAUUGAAUAAAGAAGUUAACUAAAAUGUCACGGAAUCAAUUGCCAGAUUCAUCCUCAUCACCUCCUAUAAGCCAUUUACCAUAUCACAAUUUUGACGAUGAUUUAAUCAAUGAGCUGCCAUCCUGCAUAUAUGCGGGUCAACAUCAGAGUGGGGUCGGUGCAGCUAGCGGCGGAAGCUCCGGUUUGCGUCUUAAUUCCAGCAAUUUGAGACAUAUUCAACAGCAUUAUUUGCAUCAGGGCAAUGAAAACAUGCUUGAUUCAUCUACAAAUUCUAAUAAUCUGGUGUCUCUGAACUCAAAUAAUGCCACACCAAUGAUGUGCAAUAGUCCAACGGCGACCAGUAGCGGCGGUGGGGGUAAUGGAGUUGCAAGCGGUGGCGGGGGCGGAGGCGGAGGUGGUCCAGGACCUAGCACAGCAGGAGGAGCCUCGAGUGGAAGCUAUGGUGCAGCCGCUGCGUCCAGUUACAAAAUCCAACGGCAACAAGCAAAUGUGCGGGAAAGGAAACGCAUCCAGAGGUCCGCACCAACUGGGUACACUAAAUGUAGUAUAAAUUCCGCAUUUGAUGAGUUGAGGGUCCAUGUGCCCACAUUUCCCUAUGAGAAACGUCUGAGCAAAAUCGAUACCUUGCGCUUGGCCAUCGCCUACAUAUCACUACUGCGUGAGGUGCUCCAAACUGAUUACGAUCCACUGACCUAUGUGGAGAAAUGUCUACGCGGCGAAAUCAAAGCCGACCGAGCCAAUUGGAAUACAAGUGAUCUAACGGCACGCCUCUCCUGGAUCAAUUGGGAGAAUCUGGGCGUCCAUCCAGGACGACGCACCCUCCUCACAUCGCUAGCAUUGUCUUCGGAGCCAAUGUGCGGUGCACAUUGUGGUAUGCCAUAAGCUUACUGCGAUUCGUUAAAAUAAGCAAUUUGUUUUUGCCAACAAAUUUUUGUUAUUCAAGGAAUAUUGAAAAUAUUCCCAUUGGAUCUCGAGCAGAAAGUUAGUGAUUCUGGACUUACUUAAAAUAUAUAUAUAUUAA